CCAAGAUUUGCAGCCCCAAUAGCAACGGCAAUACGAUUUAGCAAUCCACUUGACAAAGAAGUAAACUUGCAGUGCUUAUUUGUAGCAAUGUAGUUUAUAUUUACGGUUGUCAACUAUGAUCAAGACAAGAGUGACGGGAUCUGCUAAAUGGACAGGUACCAGAAAUUUUGUCUACAAUCUAUUGUUUUGCACUACAGUCAAGCAAACCUUAGAUCAAAGAGUCUAACACUUCACCUGUUGCUAACAACAUAUAUUAAAACUUGUGAGUGAUUCGUUCAUGAAAAUAUAUAUGGUUAUAUACUCUGUACUCUGUGGUCUUCUUGUACAGGAAUUUUAUGACAGGUUCCGGACUGAUUUAACACGGUCAUACAUACUCCUACGAAGAACUAAGAUCUAAAAACCUUACCAAAUGACAUAUAGAGGAACUGUCGGAAAUAUCUUUUAACAACGGAGUAACGGACAUCUUCAGAGUAGUAUUGUGGAUUAUUUCACUAUUCACACCUUUAAUAUGGACCAACACAACUAAAUUUUGCCACUUUGGAUCAAAAAGCAUCAUGACCAAACCUGAGCAGACCAAAUACUGCAGUUUGGCUAACGAAGUAGAGUUAGACGAGCCUCAAAACAUUCAACCUUGGAAACGCAUCAGUUUUCAAUUCGCUAAGACGUUCGUCUUUAUCUUAAACGGCUUUUUCUGGCUGCUUGGUUGGACUUUGAUAGGAGUGGGCAUAUCAUUAAAAGGCUCUAUGGGAGCUCACAGAUAUUUAUCCAGCAGAGAUUACGAGGAUUCUGCAAUGAAUGGGAAUGAUUAUGGCGGUUAUAGUUCAGGCUCUGAUCUAUGUCUGAGUAUCGGGUGUAUCAUAAUCGUUGUGGUCUUAUUAGCAUGCUGUGGUACUCACACCGAAAGUCAUCUUAUACUGGGCAUCUAUCUCGCCGUGGUUGUUAUCUUCCUGAGCUUUGAAAUCGGUGCCAUAGCUGUGAUUAGUUUUCACAAAGAGAAGGUGGAACAGCGUAUUAUCAAGGACAUCAAGUUAACAAUGGAUUUUUACGAGGAGAAAAAUUUUCAAGGUUUGACAAAGUCUAUUGAUAGUUUCCAAAACGUAUUCCAUUGCUGUGGAUGUAUUGAUUACACUGACUGGUUUAAUACAACAUGGGGUAAGCUUCAUAGAAUGAAUGUUCCCAGUAGUUGCCUAAAGAAUGACACUUGGCUAGAAGAGGCAUAUCACGGAACGGUAGAUACAUCAGCGUCACUCGCCGCUAUAAAUACCGACGGGUGCUUCAAGCACGUCCGAAAUUACUUUGUUAAAAAUCUUCACCUCUUUAGGACUAUUGUUGCCUGGGUUUUAGGCAUACAAUUAGUAGGUCUUGCCUUUUCGGUUUGUUUGUUUUUCAAAUAUAAAUAUCAUAAGACACAAAACGCUAGUCGUUAUAGAAGUGAAAAUCCCUCUAAUCGUGUGAGAGGUUUGAUCCAUUGAACGCAAUUCAAGAACUAUCUUAUUCUUAAGAAGCAAUUUUCAGCUAGCUGGCCAAGAACAAAAGAACACACAUAAUUCUUGUAAUAAUGCAAUGAAU